CAGUUGGGCGUAGGGUGGAUCUCCCCUCUGACGGGUCUGUAAGAAAAUUAACUGGUGCCUCUGAUGGGUCUGUAACAAAAUGAAAACCAGAAAAAGAUCUCAAGAAAGCUUACCAACUUCUCAUUGCUCAUCAAAUUGCAAAUUGCAAAUGGAAAAAGGCUUCCUUGGUCAAAAUUAGGUCAAUUUUUUUUAGAAAUCAUGAAAUUGAGUCAAAAAUGAUACAAAUGAGCAAAUUUCCAGCCAGAUUCCUGCGAUUUGGAGAUUUCGACGUGUCUACGGCGACUUUCGGAUGGAUAAUUCGGAAUGGUGUCGAUGUGAUGAACAAUUAUUGACACUAUUAGCCAAGGUGCGCGAUGAAGAAGAAGUGUCUAUGGGGACAGAUACCAAUAAUGCAUUUUAUAAAAACUUUGCUGCAAGACUUUCAGCCGAUCUAGCUGUUCCUAUAUCAGAUGAUGAUGUUGCCGACCGUGUGCGUCAUCAUAGAGUUGUUUUUAAAAGUUAUAGGGCUAAUCCGGCUAAAUUCCAACAUACUCAUAUUGGCAGUUCUGAAUACGGUCAGUUGCUUAUAAGAUGCUUUGGUAUUGAGAAGAAGAACAUAAGAGUCCCGCGAAAUCUGGGAAGCAGGCAAUCUCGCAGUUUCGAUAGCACUUCCUCUGUAGCUCGAACUGCAGCUGCGGUAGCCACCGACCCCAAAAUAACAUUGGAGGACGAGCUUGCCCGUGUUCUUUCACACUUACAUAGCCAACAUGGGCUGGAUGCCAACAGAUUAACGCUCUUUUCAUCUUUCUGUGAGCGAAAACAGUUGGUCAGUCGAGUGUUUUUGAACUUGGAAGGGCAUGCCAAGAGGCUCAGUUUUAUAAGUGAUCUUAAUCUGAGUGGUUAUACCAUAAGCGCUUGUGAUGGGACCGACAAUACCAUGGGAUCUCCUAACAUGCCUGAAAUUUUCUGGGAGAGGUUUACUUUUAGAUUGGUACAGGAUCUCAAGCUUGACAUAGUGAUAACAGAAGAAACUGUUGCCGAAUGCGAAAGAUUUGGAAGGUCCCUUAAAGACUUGCACCUGGCAAUGGAGGGGAAUUCCAGACUGAUGUAGUCAAGUCAUCACAUUCUGGAAGAAUUGCUGGAUUUUUUAUGAACCCCUAUGCUCAAGGUUUCCCCUACUUUAUGAAUUAGAACUGGUAAAGAAUGUAUCAGUAGUGGCAGAAAGGAUGCAGGUAUCUAAUGGAAUUUCGGUUAUGAAGUUCCAGUGGAGUCGGUACCCAGGCACGCUGGAUGAGUUGAGACAGCUUGAAGAUCUAACUGCUGAACGAGGUUGUUUUAACGACGGUUGCAGGUGGUGGUGGCUUGUGGAUGGUGACCGAUGCUAUGAUUGAAGGUAAAAAAGUUUUUUGUGAAUUUGGGCUUUAAUAAUUUGUGCCAAUGAUGAUUCAUUUUAAAAUGUUGGAAUUACCGAUGUAUUUAUAUAGUGAUGAUUCAUUUUAAUUUUUGGGGUUUUGAGGAUUACUAGUUUUGGGGGUUUUUGGUUGGUGAGUUGAUUUGGAGAUGGUGAUUGUAGAUGAUGAAGGGUGGUAGUGGUG